AUCCCCUGCGUCCUUCGGUGACGUCACAUAGAGCCCGGACCCGGCGUAGUGGCGCUGUGUGUGUUUGGCAACAACAAAAAGAGUGUUUUGAGAAUAGUUUUAACUGCAUUUUCACCCGCGGUAUUUUAAGGGACAUUAUCACAGGCGUUAGAUGGUGGCGAUGACUCCGCCGCUGCUGCUGUCCGUUGGAGGAAGAGGAAGAGGAAGGAGGUGAUGAUGAUGAUGACAUGCAGUUAGCUAGCUGGCUGCCUCUCUUGCUGGACAGACGGACUUGAGCCCGCAGAGUGUCGGAGGUGUCACCGCGAAAACAGCACAGGAUCCGUGCUGAAGAGAGGCGAAGAUGCCGCGGAGAAAACAGUCCAACCCGCAGCCGGUGAAACUGGACUCUGAGGAUGGGGCAGUGGUGUGUGAGCCGGGCUGUCUCGUUUUGGACAGCGACUUCCUGCUGAGCGGCGAGCUGGAGUUUGGAGACUCGGAGAUCAUGGGACUGGAUAGAGAGUCUGGUAUGACUGUCUUCUCUCUAAGUGUGGAGGACGACUCGUCAGCACCGACAGACUCCACCUUCCCAGCGUUCCUCUCCUGUAAGGGAUGUGGUCAGCUUCUGGGAGACACACCUUUGGGGGCAGGCUUAGAUCUUGGUGUAGGACUCGACCUAGGGGCAGAGCUUUAUUGUCUCUCCUGUGAGGAGGGCCUCCAGCAUGGCACCUCCAUCGACUCCUCUCAGUUGGACGGUUCCAACCUGUCCGAUAGAUCCCUCGGCGGCAGCUCCAAAAGGAAGGGGAGAAACGUAGACAAAGCCAGCGGUGUUGCGGACCCCGCCUCUAAACUGUACUCCUGUUCGCUGUGCACAUUUACCUCGCGCUACUCCAACCAUCUCAAACGCCACAUGCGGACCCAUGACGGGCAGAAGCCGUACCGCUGCCCUGUCUGCCCCUACGCCUCAGCCCAGCUCGUCAACCUGCAGCGCCACGCCCGCACACACACCGGGGAGAAACCGUACAGGUGCCACCAGUGCAGCUACGCCUGCAGCUCCCUCGGCAACCUGCGCAGACACCAGCGCAUGCACACGCAGGAGAGACCGCAGAGGAGGGAGAAGGAGAAAAGACGGGGAAGACGGAAAAAGGCAAACGGUGAUGCUGAAGAAGUCAUGUCAGACCUGACCCUGCGAGUGUCCCAGGACUCUGCUUACCUCCAGACGUUGGGAGGACUCGGCUCCCCCUCCGGCCCCCUUCCAGUCCUCCUCUUCCCGCUCUGCUGCCGGGUGUGCGGCCUCACCCUGGAGGAGUCUGACCUAGAGGGCGACAAGGCAGAGGGAGAGGUGGAGGGCGAUGGAGGACAGGUUUGCCGCCGUUGCUCCAAAGACAACUCAAGGGCUCCCUGCAGCAGGGACGUGUCUCGGGGAUCCCGGCGUGGUCAGCGCAGCAACAAGCUGUACCGCUGCCCUCACUGCCCCUUCCUGUCCCACUACCCCAACCAUCUGGCCCGCCACUCCCACGUCCACUCAGAGGAGAAGCCUCACCGCUGCCCGCACUGCCCCUACACCUCCUCACAUCUCGACAACCUCAAGCGGCACCUGCGUGUGCACACAGGCGAGAAGCCUUACCAGUGCCCGUCGUGCAGCUACGCCUGCGGGAACUUGGCUAACCUGCGACGUCACGAGCGCAUCCACUCGGGCGCCAAGCCGUUCCACUGUUCCAUCUGCGGCUACUCCUGCAACCAGAGCAUGAACCUGAAGAGGCACAUGCUGCGGCACACGGGCGAGAAGCCGUACGCAUGCGGCGAGUGCGGCUACACCACGGGCCACUGGGACAACUACAAACGCCACCAGAGGAAGCAUGGGCACAACACGGACAGCUGGGACAAACACGCGCCCAUCAACGGCCUCGGCUGGGGGCAAGACACUCAGGAGAGCCAGAGUCAGGGACAGGAGCACUCUUAGAUACUGUGUGUGUGUGCGUGUGUGUGAGGGAGACAAAAAAUGACUGCAGCGGUUAGUCGAUCAACAAAAAACCCAGUAUCAUUAUUAUGAUAAGUUCAGGGUUUUAGAGUCCACCUUCUCCAGUGUGAGCUUCUGAUUGUUUAUAAAAUCAAAUUUUAAAAAUAUUUAGCCUCUUAUAAAGACACAUGCUUUAUGUAAAAGUUAGGCGUGGCCAUGGUGACGUCACUUUUGUGAUGCUUAAAGCUGAGCAGUUUGACUUACCAGUUAAGUUUCCUGCUGCAAGCUACUAGAAAUAUUGCAGUUUAAGGCACUUCCACUUUGGCUUUGCUUGGCUGAUCCAGAGGUUAUGUCCAUGUUUUAUAUGCAUUCUGUGUCUGGAUGAAACAAGGUGAAAGUAAAUAAUCGUCUUGAUGGAGCGCAGUCCUGGUGUUUCUGUGGAUCACAGGAUUACUCUGUGUGCCCUGCAGGCCCUCGGAGUAAUUAAAGUGAUCGAGAUGAUAAACACAAAGAUACUUUAAAGAACCACAGAGAGAUGCAAAACCAUUAUUAAAAAGCACAAAAUGAGCAUGACAAGAUGCAAAACAACUGUAUAGAGAACUCCAAAGAGAUACAGAAACAUCAGUGUGAUCUAUGUCUUUUUGUGACACCAAUAUGAAUAUGAACAUGACAAACUUUCUCAGGGAUCACCCACCCUAAACAUGUUCCCUCCAUGCUUACAGUCAGGAUCAGCAUCAUCACAGUUUUGCUCUUUAGUUAUUUACAGCUGCAAAUUAAAACCACACCAAUGCUGCAUCACCUGCAGACCAAGGCAGCUGAUUCUCACACAUCCAUUUGCUGACUGCUGUUUACUGAGGUGAAAACUCACUUCGUGUGUAGCAAGUUUGCAAUUUCUUGAGGUUUAAAAAAAUGCCAGCAGCUAUUUUUUUUUAAAUUUAAUUUGUUUUGUUGCUCAACUAAUCGCUGCGUCAUUAAUCAGGACAAACGCCGGCAGUGAAACUGGAGCAAAGCCACACUUUAAAAGUGAUUGUAACCCACAAACUACACAACAAUAUUUAACUCCUGCAGGGCAGUGUGAGCAUCAUGCUGGCUUUUUUUCCCCACCACACUGGCGCGACUGUAGGAAGACCCAGACAUGUGUUUGUGAGGACAGCGAAGCCUUUUCUCUUCAGGUAAAAGCCAGUAAAACACCCUCAUUAGUGUUUUUUCUUUUUUUAUUUAAUCGACAUGAGCUCUUGUCUGUAGCAGCCAUUAAUGGUGGCUGUUCCACAGAUUUCCUCUCUGCAUCAAAGACGUCGAGAGAGUCCAGGAACUCGUUUUCACACAUCUUGAAUGUAUUUGUCAGAAGCUCCUUCAAAGAAAGCAAACACAGUCUUACACCCGGGCCAGUGUGUUAUCACAUCUAUUUAACAGAGCAAGGGAAAUGUGUGUGUGUGUGUGUGUGUGUGUGUGUGUGUGUGUGUG